AUGUCGCCGGAGCUAGACCCGACCCUAGUUUGGUCUCCGCCGGUGGAGGAGGUGUACGUUGCAGCCGAGGAGAGGCUGGAACCACGGGACAAGAAGCCGUAUAGGCGCGGGAUUACGAAACUCCCCAAGCUAAAAACUUGGGCCUUCCGCGAUGUUGUUCUCGUGCCCGCUGGAAAGAGCAUGUUCAAGUAUGGCGACCCGAGGAGGAAGCCGACACGUGAGUACCCGAACAUCCUUGGAGGCAUAAUUAGGAAGCAUUUCCCUGGGAUUGUCAAUCUCCCUACUGGUGGCCGCGACGUGGCUUGGACUUGGAAGCACUACAGCUACGCGGAAGAUCCUAGCGGCAAGUACGGAAACAUGCAAGAGCGGGUUGUCCGCCACUUCUGGAAAUACUUCAAGAGGGCUGAGGGCAAGGAAAUUGCGUGCGACGUUAUCUUACACGAGUUGUGCAGGGUGAGGGUGACUGGCAUGCACUACGAGGCACGUGUCCAGUAA